GGCAGGGGGCGCUCGCCCCGGACCCGGACCCGGUCCCGGUCCCGCGUCCCCGCCCCUCGCGCCGGCGUACGGCGGCGACGCUCGGGCGCGCCGCAGACGCGGAAGCGAGCGGGCAGGCGCGGCGAUGGCGGCAGCGGUGGGCAUGGGGCAGCAGUGGGUGCUGGUGGAGAUGGUGCAGGCCUUCUACGAGGCCCCAGCUUACCAUCUCAUUUUGGAAGGAAUUCUAAUACUAUGGAUAAUCAGACUCCUUUUCUCCAAGACCUAUAAGCUUCAAGAACGAUCUGAUCUAACACCUAAGGAAAAAGAAGAAUUGAUUGAAGAGUGGCAGCCAGAGCCGCUUGUUCCUCCUGUAUCAAAAGAUCACCCAGCUCUCAACUAUAACAUUGUUUCAGGUCCUCCCACUCAUAAAAUCACCGUUAAUGGCAAGGAAUGUAUAAACUUUGCAUCAUUUAAUUUCCUUGGACUUUUGGAUAAUGAAAAGGUUAAGAAUGCAGCCCAGGCAUCUCUGAAGAAGUAUGGUGUUGGCACUUGUGGACCUAGAGGAUUCUAUGGUACUUUUGAUGUGCACUUAGAAUUAGAAGAACGACUUGCAAAAUUCAUGAGGACAGAGGAAGCUAUUAUAUACUCAUAUGGAUUUGCAACAAUUGCCAGUGCUAUUCCUGCAUACUCAAAAAGAGGAGACAUUGUGUUUGUAGAUGAAGCUGCCUGCUUUGCUAUUCAGAAGGGAUUACAGGCAUCUCGUAGUAACAUCAAGUUAUUUAAACAUAAUGAUAUGGCUGACCUUGAACGACUGUUGAAAGAACAGGAGACCGAAGAUCAAAAGAAUCCUCGCAAGGCCCGUGUAACUCGAAGGUUUAUUGUAGUGGAAGGAUUGUAUAUGAAUACAGGAGACGUCUGCCCUCUUCCAGAAUUGAUAAAACUGAAGUAUAAAUACAAAGUUAGAAUUUUUUUGGAGGAGAGCCUUUCCUUUGGAGUCCUUGGGGAACAUGGACGAGGAAUUACUGAACACUUUGGCAUAAAUAUAGAUGAUAUAGAUCUUAUCAGCGCAAACAUGGAAAAUUCACUGGCUUCUAUUGGAGGAUUUUGCUGUGGAAGAUCUUUUGUUAUUGAUCAUCAGCGAUUGUCUGGUCAGGGCUACUGCUUUUCUGCAUCCCUACCUCCUUUGUUAGCUGCUGCUGCUAUUGAGGCUCUGAAUAUUAUGGAAGAUAAUCCAGACAUUUUUCAGACUCUCCAGGGAAAAUGCAAGCAGAUUCACAGAGCUUUACAAGGGAUUUCUGGCUUAAAGGUAGUGGGAGAAUCUUUUUCUCCAGCAUUGCACCUACAAUUGGAAGAGAGCUGUGGAUCUCGAGAAAAUGAUGUGAAGUUACUGAAAAGAGUUGUAGAUUAUUGCAUGAAUAGUGGUAUUGCAUUAACUCAGGCCCGCUAUCUGGAGAAAGAAGAAAAGUGUCUUCCUCCACCUAGUAUUCGAGUAGUGAUAACAGUGGAACAAACGGAACAAGAACUGGACAAGGCUGCAUCACUUAUUAAGGAAGCUGCACAGUCUGUACUGAAUUAGACUGCUGUUUUGGAUACCUUUUUUCCACAAAGUAUCAGGAUAUGUUUUACACUGUAUAGUGUCUUGACUUCCACUUCAGAUAUUCAAGUUCGUCCACCGAUGGCACUGAAGCCUUACUGAGUAGCAAGAUUGUCCCAGAAUGGUACAAAUGCAGUGAGGGGAAGAAUGCUGAAUUUCAGAACGGGUAAAUGACACAGUGUGUUUACAACUUCAAACUCUACCAUUUAGUAGCAUUCCUUAAAGUGGAAUAUUGACAUUGCACACAAUUUUUCCUAAGUUUCUUCUUAAAAAGCCUUAAAUUUAUUUCUUCACACCCUUGAAUGUUUUCAAAAAUAUGUGUAAACAUUCUUUUUUUCCCCAAAAAUCAUUUAAAAUGCAUAUUUUUCUCUGAAUAGUCUCAGAAUGUAGGAACUUCAAAUAAAUUUCAAGGAAAUUUUUUUUCAAAAUGAAGAUAGCAUGUUCCUAAUACUGCCAAAAAGGAAAUAUAGCUCUUAAUGUGUUAUUCUUUCAGUUAUAUUAAGUUGUUUGUUAUUGAAUCACAGUGAGAACUUCAAUUCUUAUUUGUUAACCGUUUCUGGAAGCCAGUUUUUCAGAAUCCCUGGCCAGAUAGUUCAGUUGUCUAAAUGAUAAAUUCAUAUUACACACUAUUUGCUUACUGCAUUUCAUAUGUAAAUAUAUGCAUGUUUGACAUAUUAUAGGUGAGGAUUUUUUUUAUUAUUAACUUUAAUGCCUAAACUUAAACCUCUAAAUUGUGAAAUUGGUGCAAUUGCAUUAUAAUAUGUUCAGUCGGGGGGCCUUUGCACCAGUCUUGAAGAGGAUGCCUAAACAAUAUGAAGAAUGAACCAAAGUUCUGAAACAGCCACUGAAUAAACAGCAUUGAAGCACUAAAAUGUGUGUGCUAAGUUGCAUCUCUAAACAGCUCUGCCUUAGAGGGGAACACUCACACAUAGAUAUUAAGAUUUUUAGGUGGUACAAAUACUACUGAAAUGAAACUCAAUAUGUACACCUAAAAUCCUCACAUCAUUGGAAAAUAAUUAUUUGCAGGUUAUGCUGUAAGGAUUUUCGAUAAGCACAGAGGGACAGAAACAUUACACCAAUCAUAGAAAACUGGUAAGGGAGGAUGACAGUAACCUGUAACUUAUUUAUAAUAUAGAAACUAUAACUGUGUAUUUCAGGAUUUUUUUUUUUUUUUUUAAGAAUGCCUGUUUAAAAAACUUCGUAUUUUACCUGAUCUGUAUUCUGGGUGGUUUUAUAAUUGUGUGCCUUUUUGGUUGCUGCUACAGGGACUACAGUACUAUUUUUGAGAAAGAACAUUGUUUAAAUAAAAUGCUGAACAUGUUUAAUCCAAAUCUUCAUGUAUCAUAUGGUUGAAUAAUGCUACAAAAUCUAGUUAUAUUCUGUUUAACGUUCUGUAUCAGAUGGCUGUAGUCCAUGUUGUUUCCUUCAGUUCAUAGUGACCAAAUUUGUACUGGCUUUCCAAGCUUCUCACCUGUGUACAUUCAAGUAAACCAGCUUAAGUUGUGUUCGGGCACUUCUGUGAUUGUUGCUGCUGCUAUUAGAAAUAGUGACUCUGAAAUCACUAUCUGUGCAGUGUAAAGAAACCUUUGCCCCAAUGUGAAUGAGUAUUGCUAUUACAUUGGCAUUUAUGAGUCUCUCCCUCCCUUAACUGUAAGAGCCCGUGAGAAGCCAACAAUUUAAAAAAGCAAAAACAUAAAGAAGAAAGCUGAUUUCCAUUUUACAGGUUGGAACUAAAGCACAGGACAAUCAACUUUCUCAAGGCCCUCAGAGAUAAUGACAGAGCUGGAAAUGAAACCUUAGUGCUCUGCUUUGAGUUUGUGAAACAUUUUUGUUUUGAUAAUACAAAAUUGUAUUAUCAAAGGCAAAUUCAAGCCUUUGAUGUGUAAGUUGGGGAUAAAUGAGAUGCUUGGAUCCUAACAUGACAUAGUCAAUGGUUUUUGGAGUUCAGGGUAAGCCUAUGAAGGUAAGCAAAUCACUAAUAAACAAUGAAAUAUUAGAUUGCAAAAUCUAUAUUCACUGCUCACAUUGUGUUUCAAAUUGUCUGCAAAUGGGGAGAAUUUUUUUGGUGUCACUAUUGAGAGCUAGAAGCAAACUUUAGAUAUGUGUGUGAGGUUUUUUUGUUUUGUUUUGUUUUUUGCUUUUUUUAAAUGAAGUGAUGACACCUAAAUUGGCAGGAAGCAAUGGAACUUGUGAGAGUUUCAAAGCCAUGACUAAGUGGUUCUGAGGAAAAAAAAGUUCAAGUAUGUCAUUAAGAAACAUUAUCCUCCAGUUCACUUAGUGAACUUAUACUCAGCAUUAAAACAUUGGUAAAACUGCCUUUGUCCAUUGCUGUUGUUUACAGUGCUUAGAAAAUCAGCACUUAGAUCACAGUGAAGUAUAAUGCCUUGUGGUUAAGAGCAAUUGAAGUUUUUCAUAGUGUAUGUUUUACUGAUGGGCUAUAUACACGGUCUCUGGUAGAAAUUAAGAAGCUCGGGUGAUCUAGCUGGUGGAGAGAGAUAGAUAUUCCAUGUCAGUUUAAGCAUGUCUGGCCCUCUUCAUUUUGACUCUUUAGAGAAAUGUCUCUGUUUGACAGGGUGAGCAGAUGAAGGGAAUGAUGGCUGUGGGGAAAAAAGGUUGGCUGGGGUUAGAGAGACAGCAGGUGAUUCUGGUUAAACUUUUGACAUUAGGAAGUCAGAUUGGAAGCCUGUUAGAGUGCCUAAAUUCUCAGUGCUCUAGGCUGAUAAAUAUAUGAAUACGCCUGUUUUAGUUGCUUUGUGGUUAUGUUUGGAUGAAGCCAGACUUAUGCACACAUUUCAUCAGAUGUGGCAGCAAGGCUGGAUUGUGGUAAAUAAAUGGAAAGCUAUUCAGCUUUACGGUGAGGUGGAUCAAACCCAUAAGGGCCUGAUUCUGAACUUCAAAGUUUUUAUUUAAAAUAAAAGUCCAGAUUCUUGAUUUGAAUUCAGCUAAUCUCUGUAUUUUACCCCUGUCAAUGACUGGGAUCAAAGUUGCAGCUAAGUGAAAGCAUUAGGAUGGCAAAUAGUGAGGAAAAAUAAAUGUUAUUAAUUUUUUAUUAAAGAUUAGUAUUUGGUACUUGAAGCAAUACAUUCUAAUUGUGAAAUGGCCAUCUGUUGAAAUUGUCCUGGUGGACAUGGUUGUUUGCAAUACUGAAGGAGUUGGAGAGACUGGAAAUAAUUUAUACUUGGAAGACAUUUUUGCAUAAAGAAACAUGUCAGCAUUAUAUGUAUGUGUAUAUAUAUAGAUUUUUUUUUUUUUAAGUAGAGGACGUGUUUUCCUUGAACAUUUAAAAAUAAUUGAUAUUUGUGUAGGCUCAUUGUUUUUAUAGGAAAACCUACAGAUGCCUUUUCUGUUUAUUAUAGAAAUCAUUAUUUUUGGAUAGGAGGUAAAAUGCAUAAGGAAAGUAUUAAGAAUGAAGUGGAGGUAAGGCUGAAUAACUUUGAUUUUUUCACUUUUGAAAUAUGAUCCCGGUCACUGCACAGAAUGCUGUACUGUCUCCUUUCUGUCACUCCAUCUGGACUUUAUUAUUUUAAACAGGGUUGUGGAGUGUUGGCAUUCACUGAUCUAUGAAGCUGCUACUGCAAAAGUAUCUUGCAUCUUAAGAUGACUCGAGAACUGUACAUGAGCUGUAAAUGCUGCUUAAACAGAGGAAUUAUUUAGAACUAACACAAAGCAUUUGUGUGUUAAAUUGUUUCAGUAUCUCAAUAAAAGGAAGUGUUUGGAGAUCA